ACCAACUAAUAUUUAGAAACCUGAAAUCAGGAGUUGCUGAUAGAUUCAGAUCGACGGAAAAUGGCGGAUGAAGUGAAGUUGUAUGCCGUUGCAGGAAGUCCAUUCGUUUGCAGAGCAAAAAUCGCUUUGAAUAUGAAGGGAAUCAAGUACGAAAACUUGGAACAAGAUCUCAGCAACAAGAGUGCCGAACUUCUCAAGUAUAAUCCUGUUUAUAAGAAAGUACCCGUGCUGGUUCAUAACGGAAAUCCGAUCUCAGAGUCUCUGCUGAUCGUUGAGUACAUUGAUGAAGUGUGGAAAGGAGUUCCGAUUUUGCCUCAGGAUCCUUAUGAGAAGGUUGUUGCUCGAUUUUGGGCCAAAUUUAUUGAUGAGAAGUGCAUUCCUGCACUAUAUAAGGCUUUUGGACCCGAUGGAAAUGAGGAGACUGAUAAAGAAGCUUGCGAGCAACUACAAAUACUAGAAAAUGAACUGAAAGUCAAAGCUACCAAGUUCUUUGGAGGUGACAACAUUAACCUGGUCGACAUUGCUGCUGAUUUCAUAGCCUAUUGGCUUGGAAUAAUCCAAGAAGCAGCCGAAAAAACAUUAGUCACCAAAGACAAGUUUCCAAAACUCACCGAAUGGGCUGAUGACUUUGUUAACCUUGAAGUCAUCAAUCAAGUCUUACCUCCAAGAGAACGCCUGCUUGCAUUUUUCAAGAAACGCUUUGGUAAGGCAUAAUGAUAAGUGGCAUUUACAAAUAAUAAAUCUAGUCGUUUUUUCGGUUAUGUACUUUUAUGAAGUUGAAGUUUUUGUCUAUAACAUCAAUCGAUGUUGCAAGAAAAAGCUCUUUGUGUUUGUGAAAGUUAAAGUUUCUGUAACAGUCAUGGAUCGAUGUUGCAAUAAGCGGUUCUUAUGGUAAUGAUGCUGCUGUAAUAUGUAGUUUGUGGCAUGAGUAUAUUCUGUAUGUUGUUGUAUGCAACGUUUCUUAUUUGUUUUUAAUUGAAUGUGAGCUCAUGAAGAA